AUGGCUCAAGUGAUACGGUUAUUUCAAUGGAUACUAUUGCCAUAUUGUAUAAUUUUGUUAAUUUCUUUAGCAAAAAGUUUGCAAACUUUAAGAUGUUUUGUUGGCACUGAUAAUGAUUUAAUUAUCAAUCAAUGUUCACCUAAUGAAUUAGCAUGUUUUCGUGCUAUCAUUGAUAAGCAAUCACAAUCACAUACAAUUUAUGGUUGUAUUGAUAUAUUCAAUAUAAAAUGUUCAUCAAGUUUUAAUCUAUACAAAACAAAUAAAACAUUUUUAAAACGAAAUGAUAUUAGCCAAAUUAUUCAAAUUGAAAAUAAUUAUCAUUGUUGUACAGCAAAUUUAUGCAAUAGUAAUGUGAAAAAUAAUCGAAAUCAAAUGAUUAUGCACAAUGAAAUGAGUGAAAAAUCGUUAUUAGAUUUUAAUUAUUUGAUGACUGAUCAUCAACAAUGGAUCAAAUAUCGACAACGAAAAAAACGAAAUAAUUUUAUUUUUGCACUUUGUUUUAUUAAUUUUAUUGCAAUUUUUCUUUUCACAGUGGCUUUUUUGCAUGGUACAUGUCAUCUUCCAUCACCAAUUUAA